UCAGUUUGCUACGGCAGUUUGCUAACUGGCUAGCGACCUUUGAGUCUUGAUUUGUAAUUCGUGUUGCAUAGCUUUUUGGUUUCGCGGUUUAAAAUUUGGACAAAAUUAGUCUUUAAGUCAGUAAAAAGAUGAGUUACGGUAGGCCGCCGCCCGAUGUGGAGGGCAUGACUUCUUUGAAAGUGGAUAACCUUACUUAUCGAACCUCUCCAGAAACGCUGCGGCGGGUUUUCGAGAAGUAUGGCCGCGUUGGAGAUGUGUACAUUCCCCGAGAUCGUUACACGAAAGAGAGCAGAGGUUUUGCCUUUGUACGAUUCCUGGACAAACGAGAUGCAGAAGAUGCGAUGGAUGCAAUGGACGGUGCCUUGUUAGACGGACGGGAGCUACGAGUUCAGAUGGCUCGCUAUGGCAGACCACCAGACUCUCACUACGGUGGGCGUCGUGGUGGACCAUCUCGUAGGUAUGGCGGUUCUUACGGUCGGCGCAGCCGAAGUCCUAGACGCCGGAGACGCAGCAGGUCCAGGAGCCGGAGCCGCUCCCGCUCCCGCAGCCGUUCCCGCUACAGCAGAUCCAGGUCCCGCUCGUACUCUCGCUCGCGGUCCCGCUCCAAAUCCCGCACACCCCGCAGGAGCAAGUCAAAGACCCCAUCCAGGUCUAGGUCCCGGUCGAAGUCAAAGUCCAGAUCCCGCUCCAGAAGCCGUACUCCUCAAUCUAACAGAGGUUCCAAAUCCAGAUCGAGAUCCAGAAGUAAACCCAAGUCUGGAGGAGAGGAUGGAGCUGCAUCGUCCUGAAAGAGCAACUCUUUGGUAAGAAGCCAGCAGAACAGUCCUCACGCUUUGUCAAACCAUUGAAUUGAUGGUUUGAUUUGGAGCUACAAAAUAGUUUGGGACAUGCAUUAUAUAAAUAAAUAUAACUAUAUGAGGACAAGGAAAGGUUUGAAAUAAGGUGCAGUUUGUGACUCUGCAUGUCUGUCUGGGUGUAGUACUAGCCCUAAUAAUGGUCAUUGCCAAAUUUGGUGCAAUACUUAAAACCACCCUGCAGAUCAUAAGUGACAGCCAAACGGUAUUUAACAGUUACGAUAUUAACAUUAACGGAAUUAUUAGCUAUCAAUUCCCACUCUACUAGUUUGUUGCCUUUAUUAUGACCAGGUGAGUCGAUAAACACGUCAGUAGCAGAGCAGCUUAUGUUCACAUUUUCGCACUGUUUGAAAUGGUUUUGGAACUCCCAUGUUCACCAAAAACUGUGGAAUUCUCUUCUCCAAGCUGCUGAAUCCUGUAUGCGGUAAAAGAGGAGUGUGUGGCAGUGAGAACAGUUAGAGGUGUGUGUGAGCUGCCCAUGGGCUUCCUGCUGCCGCUGGGGGUUACUAUGGAGCAGGCUGGUGUCGGGCAGUGUUUGGGGUUGUGUUGAGGUACGUCUGUUGGAGAAUUGGAGUGAAACGAGCACUGUCCCAAACGUGUUACUGUCCAUCUGAGGAGAAAAGACUGUAACACUACACUUGGAAGUCAAGGUUUGUCAGUACAGCGUAAGAACCCCCCCCCCAUCCCCACUUUGCCUGACUUGCCUGUGGAGGUCCCUCAAAGUGGAGACAAUUCCUCAACGACAAAAAGCUGCCACAACUGGAAACGGUCUUCCAAAAAUUCACAUGAAAAAAAAAAAACCAAUUUGACAUUCGUUUGUCGCAAACACAUUUGCCCAUUUUAGGCAUUGGUAUAUAAACCUACCCCCAUUACACAGAUUCCCCCUUCACUUGAUAUUACCAGUUAUGAUUCAAUGAUUGCUUACUCUGUCGUCUUGCUUUGUCAUAGAUUUGGGCAGACAUGACACUUCUCUGAAGACUUGUUCAGCAGAGCACAGAAACCUCAGACUGAAGAUCCACAUCUCUACACGGUGAUGACCGAGACAAAAAGGUCAUUGUUGUGCAUUUGUCUGAAUGCUUAAUGAUGUUCUUUUUUUGUUUGUUUGUUUGCUUUGAAUAUUUUCUUGUCAUAUUCUCUUUCACCUCAAAUGAGACUGCCUUUUUUCUGUUUUGUAACGUCUCAUUACCUUGUAAUUCACCAAAUGAAACUCAGAUUUUUAUUGACUUGUGAGACUAACGCUUUGUUUUAAUCGAUGGUGCCGGGAAUGUUUGCUUGGUUUUGUUUCUGGAAGCACGUCAUAAUGUCAAGCUGAUGUUCAGAUUCCUAGUUUUGAACGUAGUUUAUCAGCUAUCUUUAUUUGAAUAUUUCUGUGAUUUUGUGUUGUGUCCAUCUAAAUGUUAAGUCAUUUGGUCAGUUACAAUUAAUACUGAAACACGCUGACCUAUUGUAAAAAUAAUAAGCAUACAAAUUAAAACAAGUGAGUUGGACAGCUCUCAGUUGAUUUGUCAGAGGAAUUCUUCUUCUGAUUUUAAUAUUUUGAUCCUAACUCUCUGUCUUAUGUAUCUUUUGUGCACUAGGCGCAGUUGUGUAGCAGUUGAGUUUUGCUGGUUAGCUGUUAAGAUGGCGAGUUGCAGUGCAGAGUUUGGCAGUGCUUGGCUGUUUUCUCCAGAUGCGUUGGUGUGGCUGACGUUUAAAACAAACAAACAAACAAAAAAAAAAACAGCGACUCCAAAUUACAUUCUGGCGGAAUCUCACUUAAUGUGAUAACACUGAGAUUUAACAACAACAACAAAAAAAACCAAUGAUAAAAUCUGUUAACCCUCUUUUCCUUUGCAUUCUGUCGCUCUGUCUCACUCCAUUCCCAUGUAUUCUCAGUGGUCUGUAAAACAACACUGAGCACAUGAUGAUAAUAAAAGUUCUGUUGUA